AUGCCAUAACAUUCAUUCAAUCAUAUACUCUCUCAUCUGCAGUUUACAGAGAGUGAGUGAAUGAGAGUGAAGAGAUUACAUCAACUCACAAACAUUCAUCGUCAAUACGAAAAAUAAUUCUAAAAAAAAUGGUGAGAUCCCCUAGCAUCGACAAAAAUGGUAUCAAGAAAGGCGAGUGGAGUAAAGAAGAAGACGAUAAGCUGAGAGCUUACAUUAACAGAUAUGGCACUUGGAACUGGCGUCAGCUUCCCAAGUUUGCAGGGCUAUCGCGAUGUGGAAAGAGUUGCAGACUGCGGUGGAAGAAUUAUCUGCAGCCCAAUGUUAAACGGGGAAACUUCACCAAAGAUGAAGAGGAUAUCAUCAUCAACUUACAUAAUCAGCUUGGAAAAAAAUGGUCAAUUUUUGCAAAAAACCUACCGGGAAGAACAGACAAUGAGAUCAAAAACUACUGGCACACUCAUCUGAAGAAGCGAACACAAGGCCAGAAUUCAGUCAUGCCAUCCAACCAAGAGAUUAAGAGGGAAUCUCCUUCGCUGAUAAUAAAAGAAGAUACUAAUCAAGAAUCAUCUCAACCCGAUAAUUACCAGCAAACGAGUAUUCCCCCUUUUCAAGGCUUAACCUCUCCAAACGAAUCAUGUUGCACUGUGCUCUCGCAAAGCUAUUCUAGUACACCUUCAUCUCUAGAAUAUUCAUCGGCUGAUUUCUGGAGCCAAGAAUUAACGAUUGAAGAUUAUGAUUUGACGCAAGGAUCAUCGUGUAGUGAACUCUCUUUCGGAAGUGUCUAUGAUCCUAAAUCAAGUGAUCUGAGUACUUGGAUAAGGACAAAUUUUUCUAAUUUUGAUUAUUUGGAUGAUUUAUGGAGUGAGUCAUUUGAGACGGAUAAUUACAUGAUAAAUGCAUACAAUAAUCAGCAGUCAUAUGUGGAUCCAGGACAUGUUUAUCCAAGUUCUCCAAGUACGGAAGAAGUAUGUUUGUGGUCUUAUGACUUGAGCGAUGAGAGUAUCAGUUAAAAUAUAUAAACUGCAGCAAGUAUAUUGCUAUUAUUGAGCCCGUAUAAAAAAAAAAAGAACAAAUGCAAACAAGCCUAUCUGUAAUUAGCCAUGGUUAUCUAUGAGUUAUAUAGAUUGUUCUACUUUUUUACUUGAGAUCGUGAAACUGGUCCGAUCGAGGAGAAGAUUUUUUUUGUGGAGCUGAAAGGAAAUGCAUCUUCAUGAUCCAUCGUCUCUUUGA